AUGAAGAUGAUGUUCAGUAGACAUCAGCACUCUGUUAUAACUGAUAGAAUUGAUAAGCUGGUAACUAGUGAGCAGUUCACGCUGGAAGUGGAACUCGAGAAGCUGAUUAAAAUGAUUGAGGGUGGCACUCAGUAUGAUCCUAUAAACAACCAAAUGGAAGCAGCUAGAGCGAUUCGGAAGCAGCUUAAAUAUGGUAAUACUGUCCAGCAGUCUAGAGCAUUAGACCUGGUUAACCUUUUCAUUUCCCAAUUGGCCAUUUUUCCAGCAAUUUAUAAUGAUACGAAGUUGUUACAGCGUAUUCAAGACAUUGCCAUGGACGCUAAAGGCGAUUCUCGGGGUAAGAAGUACAACCCUAAGAUUGUAAAGAAGUGUGUAGGAUAUAUCAUGGCUUGGUCGACCUUUAUUGCUGCACAGGCACCAGACUCUGGAGCAUUUGACGGGAUCUUGCAAUUAGGGGGGGUCGUGCGUCGAAAUCAGAACCAAGCUCUUAAUACUAGUCAGCGCAAGAGGUCUAAAAGUCGUAAUUCCAAGAGCAGCGGCUCCAGGUCUUCUGGUAAGACAGCUCAUGAAGAUCGAAGAUUAACGUUUGAUGAUGAUUACAGUACUCCACAAUUGGACAUUACCGAAGAAACGCCUAAGAUUAAGAAUUUGAUCAGUGAUGCAUUGGCAGCAGCUACAUCGUUAGAGAACGAAUUGCUUGCAUUGAAGAAGGGCGAGCUGUCAACUGAAAACGAGAGGGCCACGAUUAAGUAUAACAAGGCGCGAUCGCAUAGGCGUAUUGUGUUGAGAUAUUUGCAAGUCAUAACCGAGGGGGAGUUCCUGGGCUCUCUAAUCAAGGCUAAUGAGGAACUGGUAAGCGCUUUAAGCAAGUACGAUGAAUUGGCGGGCUACAGUGGCAGCUCAACAGAAGGUUCCGAAAACUCUUCCCUCAUUAGUGAAGAAUCAGUCAGUGCACAGCCAAUGACAAACCCUUUUGACGAUCACAACAAAAUCUAG